CCGCAGUGUACACUUUCGCUUUAGUGAUAUCGGUUGAAUAUGUGGUGAAUAAUUGACAUUUAAUCGAAAACGUUUAAACAAACGAGCUUGGCUGAUAAACACAAAUCAAUUCGCAUUCCUUGGUGAAAAUGAAACCAGCAUUUAUCAUAAUUUUUCUAUGUAUGGUACAUAUAAUAGCAGCGAAACCAUUCCUUGAAAAUCUACUGCUCCAAGUGGCAACAUCUCUAUCGUCCUCAACGCCUGAUGAUCCCCAGUCGCACGUUAGCGACUUCCGCGCUCAGCCCAAGGCGAAUUCCCGAUCUGAUAGAUACGAAGUUGACUCUACAGAUGAAGGUAAAAAUAAUACGACAACUGAACAAACGGAUACGCUACCAUCUACAGGAAUCCUAUGGAAUAGCAAUGGAUUUCGGUUAUUUCCAUGGCUGAGAAGCAACAAUGUCACUGAGAUGUAUUCCGAUAUAAUUGGCAACAUAAUUGGAUCAGCACGUGAACGGAUCACGGUUGCUUUUCAGCGCCUUCUAUCUCCCUUGCAACGACAUCGACAACAGCCCCAUCAUCAAGAACAGCAGCAUCGUAGCGAUUUUGGGUCAAACGAAAUCGAUGCUGCAAGCGCAAAUUUAAUGAAUUCACUUAUUAAGAACGAAACGAGCAAAACCAACAGUUCAAAUGUAGCGACCGAUGUCAACGGAGAAUCGAAAUUAUUUGUCAAUGCUAGUGAGAUACAAUCUGAAAAAAUGGAUCACGAGCCAGUUAUCAAAGAGACGGUAAUCUCAUCAGAUGCCCCUUGUCAGACGAAAAACAACAACAACCAAGUAGAAACUACUUCCGAAUUUGUAGGAUUAGCAUUGCCUAUUGAAGAAUCUAACCAGCCGAAGGUAUCAUUUCAACUCGACAACGAUUAUGCUUUCGAAACAAAUGAGUCUGUUAUUGGUCCUAUUCAGCCAGAAAAAGGGUUUCUAGCGAAAAGAUUAGAGCACAUCUCCAAACGGCUAAAUGAGACUCGCAAUCAAUUUCGAGCUAGAACAAUACAGGCCGUCUCUUCUUUGGUACCGCUUGUACAUCUAGUCACUGAAAGAAGAGGCCGCAAAAUCGUCAAUUCAUUGGAAACAGCAACGACAAAUGGAUCCCUGGAAAAUUAUAGCACAGCAAAAAAUAACGAAGAAAAUAAUUUUCCUUUACCGCCGCAUUUAUCUCGUCUGUCGAGUAAUUUAUUGGCAUUGCAUCCCAGGAGUAAAGAACGGCGAGCUGCACUAGUGUUUCAGAACGCAUUCAACAAAUAUGCUCAACUAGUAAUUAAUGGUAGAAACGCAUCUACAGGCGAUGGAAAUUCAAUCUCGAACACGAUUGAACAAAAAGAAGGAAAUGACAAUUAUUCUACCGAUGAUGCGGGUGGUGCCAACAUUGCUGGCGAGGACGUUGACGAUGGCGACGACGACGACGAGGACGACGACGAUGAGUACGAAAACAAGGAUGACAUUGCUGGUAGCAUUGGAAACGGUACCGGUGAGGAAGUCAUUGAUAACAACGUCUCUAGUCGUGCGAGCUAUAUUUCAGCCACCAAACGAAUGAACAUGCAAAGCGUAGCAACGGUCGGAAUAUUAAUUCUUGAAGUGUUCGGUUCAAUAGCAGGCUUAACCUGGGGUGCAUUCAACCAACUACAAUUGCUUUUCCCCUAGUUCCAAUGUCAUUGUGUCAUGUCCUUGAAGAGCGAUUUAAUCGUUGUAAUGCCAUCGUAAUGCUCCGCCGAGCUAUGUCAUUGGAAACAGUGCAACCAUAGAAGGAUCACGAUCAAACUAGGUAAUAAUGAAUGUGUGAUAGUAGCUGCAAAUAAUCUUGUUGUAAAUG